UGUGCAGCGUCUAACACUCGCGCAGUCCGUCAGUGGCGGAUUAAAAGCUCGUCGUUUACUCACACCGCUUCCGUUCUGUGUAUUUUUCGUGGAUAUUACACCAAAAUGAGGUGUGUUGGCAUUGGUGCCAUGCUGGCAUUAGGACCUUAAGUCAGCUUCUGUGCAUCUAGGCUCCAGGCCUCUGUCUGAGCCUUCAUCACCACCACCACCACCACCAAUUACAGCAGCAACAUGUCAAGCUCGGGCUUCCCUCCCAGCCAGGGGAGCUUCAGCAGCGAGCAGAGCCGCUAUCCACCACAUUCAGUGCAGUACACCUUCAGCCCUGCACGCCAUCAACAGGAGUUCACAGUACCGGAGUACCGCAAUAGUCACUUGCAGGACCAGCAGCAACGGCGUCGACCCUCGUUGCUGUCAGAAUUUCAUCCUGGAACUGAGAGGCCUCAGGAGUUCAGACAUGCAUACGAACAGCAGUUUCACACGAUCACGGACCACGAGGUCGUGGAGGCCAAGCGGCCCCGGGUCGAAGGCUCCAUCGAAGGCCACCUGCCUCGAGGGCAACACGCCGGCAUCCUCCUACCACUACAGCACCCUGUACCGGACAGUCUCCGACCUGCUGGAGAGAUCAAGAAGGAAACCCAGUACAGUGUGAAGCUGGAGGCCUCAUCCCUGGGGGGAGGUGUUCACAGCCUGGGGGAGGAACAGGACACGUCCACCUCCAAACUCUCCAAAGAGGAGCUCAUCCAGAGCAUGGACCGUGUGGACCGCGAGAUCGCCAAGGUUGAGCAACAGAUAUUCAAACUGAAGAAGAAGCAGCAACAACUGGAGGAGGAAGCAGCUAAGCCUGUGGAGCCUGAAAAGCCAGUGUCUCCGGCCCCUGUGGAGCACAAACAUCGCAGCAUUGUCCAGAUAAUUUACGAUGAAAAUCGGAAAAAAGCUGAAGAAGCCCACAAGAUAUUUGAAGGACUCGGCCCUAAAGUAGAACUGCCGCUGUACAACCAGCCGUCAGAUACUAAAGUGUACCACGACAACAUUAAGACAAAUCAAGUGAUGAGGAAGAAGCUUAUUCUGUUCUUCAAGAGGAGGAACCACGCACGCAAACAGAGGGAGCAGAAGAUCUGCCAGCGCUACGAUCAGCUGAUGGAGGCGUGGGAGAAGAAGGUGGAGCGGCUGGAAAACAACCCGCGGCGCAAGGCCAAGGAGAGCCGCACGCGCGAGUACUACGAGCGCCAGUUCCCCGAGAUCCGCAAACAGCGCGAGCAACAGGAACGCUUCCAAAGGGUGGGCCAGAGAGGAACGGGGCUGUCGGCCACCAUAGCGAGAAGCGAGCAUGAGAUCUCCGAGAUCAUAGACGGCCUGUCGGAACAGGAGAACAACGAGAAGCAGAUGAGGCAGCUAUCGGUCAUCCCCCCCAUGAUGUACGAUUCGGAGCAGCGGCACGUGAAGUUCAUCAACAUGAACGGACUCAUGGACGACCCCAUGAAGGUCUACAAAUCACGGCAGUUCAUGAACGUCUGGACGGAGCACGAAAAAGAGAUUUUCAAAGAAAAAUUUGUGCAGCACCCAAAGAACUUUGCCCUGAUAGCCUCUUAUCUUGAACGAAAGUGUGUGGCUGAUUGUAUCUUUUAUUACUACUUGACCAAGAAGAGCCAGAACUACAAGACACUCGUCAGACGCAAUUACGGCAGCAGGAGACGAAGGAACCAGCAGAUAACGCGGCCCUCGCAGGAAGAAAAGAACGAAGAGAAGAACGAGGAGGACAGAUCGGAGAGGGCGGAUAAGAAAGAGGACGACGAGAAGAAGGACGAGGAGGAGAAAGAUGAAAAAGAGGACUCGAAGGACAUUGGCAAAGACAAAGAGAAGUGUGAAGGCGAGGACGAAGAGGGGAAGGAGCAGAGCACGCCACGCGGCCGCAAGACUGCCAACAGCCAGGGCCGCCGCAAGGGCCGAAUCACCACACGCUCCAUGGCCAACGAAGCCUCUUCUAAUGCUGCCGAGGAUCUACCAGCAGCAGCCCCUCCGUCGCCACCCCCCGAGCCUGAUUUACCUGAGCCUGUGCCCCCUCUUAAAUCGGAGCCAGCGCUGAAGCCUGCACGAGAGGUUGCCAAGCCUGCCCCUUUGAGCCCUAUAGACACACAAGCACGAGCAGGAGCUGUCGAGAUCGGAGAGACAUCUCGCUGGACAGAGGAGGAGAUGGAGGUUGCCAAAAAAGGGCUGGUAGAGCACGGCAGAAACUGGUCGGCCAUUGCUAAGAUGGUGGGCACCAAGAGCGAAGCCCAGUGCAAGAAUUUUUACUUCAAUUACAAGAAGCGACACAACCUGGACAACCUGCUGCCUCAGCCCAAGCAGUUAAGCACACGACUGCGGGAGCGAGACGCUUCACAGAGCGACAGCGUGGCCACGGCUUCUGCUGACGACGACGACGACGACGAGAACCUGGACGACAGCGAAGGUGCAGAAAACAGCUCGGACACCGAAAGCGCCCCCUCUCCGACUCAGUCCGACACCUCCAAGUCGGCGGAGUACGUCCCUCAAGCCUCUGAUCAGGAACUCGCCGCCCCCAAAGCACCCAGCACAGAUGCCAAAGCCCAUGAGCUCUUCGGUGACCUGCAGGUCAAGGUGGAGAAGAGUCCAGAAGGUGCUGCCGUAAGCGAAUCCGCCUUCCAGGACGAAGCCCAGCUGCAGCCCAAGAGCGAACCUCAGGACGCCGAGGCAGAGGGGCGAGUGAAGACCGAGCCGGAGACCAGGGACAAGGAGAAGCAGAGCGAGCACCAACAUUCGGACAACGACUCCAGCGCUACCUGCAGCGCCGACGAGGAUGUCGACACCGAACCAGACAGGCAGAGGGUGUUUUCUAUGGAGAAACCUUCCAUCCUCGGAGGUGCCGCAUCAGUUGUGGUAGCCAUGGCCAAGCAAGCUCCGCUCAGCGUACAGCAGCUCCACCAGCGUGCUGCCACCAUCCCUCCUAUGGUCUCGGGUCCGUUCGGGCCAGCCGGCGUUCCGGUCGGAGCUCCUCUGAGUGGCUACACUAUGUUCCAGCACCAGAUCAAAGCUGCACAUGAGUCGGUGCACAUGGAGGAUAACCAGAGGCAGGAGGCCGGGGAGGCGGAGCGGAGGUCACGCUAUACCACCCACAGCCCCACCGUCCUCGACCGAGAAGGUAAAUCGUUUGCUUACAUGUCAUACGAUAUGAAGCUGAUGGAACAGGAGGCGCUUGGAGGUGCAGGAAGACCUGGCUCACCUUACAGACUCUCUCCUAGAGAGCCCAGCAAAGCCUCACCCCAACCUGAGCCGAACGCCGUCCGCUACAGCGUCCCACCAGUGCUGCAGCCGGCCCCCAACCAAAUGGUCCCCAAUCUUCCCGAUGGAAUGCGCAUGACUUCGUUCCGCCACAGGCCGGCCAACAUUCCGUCCCCCCCUCCUCUCAUCCCGACGUCCAAACCCUCAGACAAGCCCACCUUCAUCCAGGGAGGAUCCAUUUUACAGGGAACGCCAGGCACGUAUCUGCCCUCACACACGCAUGCCAUAUACGGGCCGGAGGGAGCCAAGAGCGCCGGAGGAUCCAUCUCUCUCGGCCUGCCAAGGCAACAGGACCCUGCCAAACCUGUGUCCUAUAUAAAGCAGGAGGAGUGUUCACCGCGUGGACAGAGCUCUCCUGCUGAGGGGCUUCUCUCCAGGGCUCAGUACGAGGGAGUGGUCAGAGGUGGACCGAUGCCUGCCAUCCAGGACCUGGGCCGAGGGCCUACAGGAAAAGCACCAGAAGGACUUCAGUUCAGAGGAGGCUCCAUCACACACGGCACCCCAGCUCUGUCUCAGUCCAGCAUAACAGCCGAUCUGCUGAAGGGCAGCAUUUCCAAACUGACCGCCGAGGACCUGAGCAGCCCGGAGAAGAGCCGAGCCGAGACGCUGUCCAAACCUCACAUCAUAUACGAGAGCAGGAGUGGCCAUCUUAUCUCCUAUGAAACCAAGAACCCCAGGGAAGGUACUAGAAGCCCCAGGACAGGCCACGAACUCAAGCGCACAUACGAAAUGAUGGACGGUACCAGAGGGCAUCCCACACGGGAGGCAUAUGAAGGCUUGAUAAGCAGAGCGCUGCCAAGAGAUGGUCCCCACCCUGAAUCCAAGGAGCGGUCCAUACUCACCGGAUCCAUCAUGCAAGGAACACCUCGAAACGCCGCAGAGGCUUUCGACGAGGCCAAGUACGGCAAGCAGAUCAAGAGGGAGAGUCCACCCAUCCGCUCCUUCGAGGGGGGCAUCACCAAAGGCAAGCCCUACGAGGGAGUGAACACCAUUAAAGAAAUGGGACGCUCCAUUCACGAGAUCCCCCGCAAGGAGGUGCCGGACAGCCGCAAGACUCCUGUCCUGGAAGGAUCCGUUACUCAGGGCAUCCCUCUGAAAUACGAGAGCAGCGGCGCCGGCCAAUCGACCAUCAAGCACAACGUCAAGUCCCUCCUCACCAGCCCGGGCAAGCUGGAGGACCCUAAGAUCCCCGAGCGCGUGCGGCACACGUCGGUGGUCAGCUCCACGUCAGUGCUGCGCUCAACACACCAGGAGGCCAGCAAGUCUCAACUCAGCCCAGGCAUGUACGAGGACGCUAACGCCCGACGGACCCCCAACUAUCCCAGCGGCUCCAUCUCCAGAGGAUCGCCCCUGCUCCGGGCGCAAGAGGGUAUCGGAGGCAUAACAGCAGGCAAACCCGUGUCGCAUGAGAGAAAGAGCACGCUAACACCGACCCAGAGAGACAGCAUCCCGGCCAAGUCUCCCAUAUCCGGCGGUGAACCACUGGCUUCACACAGCCCCUUCGAUCCCCAUCAAGUGUACCGGGCCCAUCUGCCACCUCACCUGGAUCCUAGUCUUUUCCACCACCGUGUGCUGGACCCAGCGGCGUACAUGUUCCCGCGGCAGCCUUCCCCAACAGGCUACCCCAACACCUACCAGCUGUACACCAUGGAGAACACGCGCCAGACCAUCCUGAACGACUACAUCACCUCGCAGCAGAUGCAGGUCAUCCCGCGGCCCGACGUCGCCAGAGGACUGUCGCCCAGGGAACAGCAGAUCGCCAUCCAGUACCCUCCUGGAGCCAGAGGUAUAAUUGAUCUAGCCCAGAUGCCUCCCACCAUCCUGUUGCCUCACCCCGGGGGGACAGGUUCCCCUUCCUUGGAUCGCAUCACGUACAUCCCUGGAGCUCAGCCCCCUUUUCCUCCUAGGGUUUUCUCCAUAUCUCCAGGACAUCUGGCAGCCAGCGUGGAGCGGGAGAGAGAGAGGGAGCGAGAACGUGAGAGAGAGCGCGAGCACCGAGAGCGAGAAAAAGAGAGGGAAAAGGAGAGAGAGAGGGAACGGGAACGAGACAGGGAGCGCGAGCGUGAGCGCAUGGCUGCUAACGAAUACAUGAGGGCGGCUCAAGAGCAGCCUGGCAGGCCUGGUAGCCGUGGGUUUCUGCGCUCACCCUCCCCAUCGAUGAGGUCACAGGACAGGCCCAGUAUCUUCCAGGGCACCAGCAAAAGUGUCAUCACACCUCUGAUCAGGCAGAUGCCCCCCACAUCCACCGCGGGUCAGACGAACUCCCGCUACAGCACAGCGGCCGACGCGCUGGCCGCACUGGUGGACGCCGCAGCCUCUGCGCCUCAGAUGGACGUCGCGACGGCCAAAGAGGGUAAACACGACAGCGUCAAUUCCCGUGACGACGUGACCGUCUCUCGACCCAUGCAGCUUCCACCUAGCAAAGCUCCGCUUCCACUGUAUUCGGAUGGAGGGGCGGGACCAGGGGGCAGCAAAGACAAAACCCAGCCCACCAAGUCUCGCAUAGAGGAGGAGCUGAGGCAGCACGGCAAGACCACUAUUACCGCAGCCAGCUUCAUCGAUGUCAUCAUCACACGGCAGAUCGCAUCGGAAAAAGACUCGCGCGAGAGAGGCUCCCAGAGCUCGGACUCGUCCUCUAGCUUGCCGCCAAGCCGUUACGAACCGCAGACCAGUGGCGCCAUCGAGGUGAUCAGCCCGGCGAGUUCUCCAGCCCAAAGAGAGGAGAAGAAUGAAAGAUCCUUCCCCCCAGAGAAGAGCUCUCAACCACCCACAGGAUCCGUUCGAGGGUUUGACCUAGGUCGAUACAGGCAGCCGAUGGAACCCGGACCCCCAGCACCCCAGCCUCCCACCACACAGAUCCACCGUGUCAUGACCCUGGCCGACCACAUCUCGCACAUCAUAACCCAGGACUUUGCCAAGAACCAGGACUUCCCACCUUCCUCCAGCUCGCUGCCUUCCUCCUCCUCUUCUUCCUCGACUUCCUCUACAUUCCAAAGCUCCGGAGCAGGAGGUGGCGGGGCUCGUGGCAAAGUGCCUAAUCGCUACAGUCCAGAAAACCCAGGACACCCUACACACCAUCAGAAACCAGGCAACAGGGUGUCGCCUGAAAACGCAUCGGAGAAACCCAGAACCAGCAGGCCAGGAAAAUCUCCAGAGCGCACUGGUGGAGUCGGCGGUCGAGCCAGGGAGAGCUACGAGCCCAUCUCUCCCCCCCAGAACUACUCGGGCCUGGAGAAACAAGAGAGCAACAUGCUGCAGGGAAGACGUGAUCAGGAACUGUCGGAGCAGAGGACGGACUCGCGCUCCCCGUGCAGUGGCAGUUAUCUGCCAGCUUUCUUCACCAAGCUGGAGAGCACCUCUCCCAUGGUGAUGUCCAAGAAGCAGGAGAUCUUCCGCAAGUCUGACGUCGGAAAUGCCCAGCCGGGCACAGAGAUCUUUAACUUACCAGCAGUAACGAGCUCAAGUAACAUGAACCCCAGGAACCACUCGUUCUCUGAUCCAGCCCAUAACCUCGGUCUGGAGGACAUAAUCAGGAAAGCUCUGAUGGGAAACGUGGACGAGAGACCAGAGGAUCAGGCACAGCAAGCUCAGUCUGUGGGUUCUUCUGCGCAGAGCAAUACAGAGGGGCGAGCGGAGGCCAGUCCCUCCCACAACACAGGUAGAUACUCAGCAAAGCAGAAGCUUCAGAGCAAAGCCAGCAACAGGAAGACCAAGUCACCUAAUCAAGGGCAGGCUUAUGCAGGUGGAGAGCGACCCUCCUCGGUUUCCUCUGUACAUUCGGAUGGAGAUUAUCAUCGCCAGCCUCCAAGUUGGAAUUGGGAGGACAGGCCAUCAUCCACAGGUCCCAUGCAGUUCCCCUACAACCCUCUGACCAUGCGCAUGCUGAGUAGCACACCUCCCUCCAUAGCCUGCCCCUCUCCAUCCAUGCAGUCCCAGCAGCAGCUGGCCGAGAGCGCCGCCGCUCCAGCCCGCGUCUGGGAGAGGGAGCCGCCGCUGCUUUUAGAUGAGUAUGAUUCCCUGUCGGACAGCGACGACUGAGCCGGGCAAGGACUUCGACAUUUCCCCCCAGACCCUUUUCAUCCCUCAGCCCUCCGGGCCGGCUAGCGUCUAAUACAGGUCCCUCUGGACUAGACAGAGGAGGAUUUCGGUGCUUCUUGGGCUUUAUUUCCCUCCGGUGCUCGUCGAAAUCGGUGCAAAGGGGUGGCCAGAGAGCCCGAACCUGUAAUGAAACCUGUAAGCUUUAGUUCUCCUGUUUGUGGCUGCGCAGACUCAAACGAUGAAGAACUCGCAAUAUAAAGAAACCUAUAAAGUCGGAAAUACUUCAGAUAUGUUUCAUUUCUGUAAAGAAGUCUUUAAAAGAGGUAAAACCGUGUAUGUAAAUAGAGUAACGUUUUGCUGUGUGAUUUGUUUUCUCCGUUUCUUCUCCGUCUUCUUCUUUGCAUUUUAUUAUUGUUUUUUUUUUUUUAUUGUUUUUUUUUUUUUUUUUUUUAAGAAAAUCUGAUUCCUGCUGGUUUGAGAUUAUGCUGAAAGCUGUCAAUGUGAAAAGUGCGCAUACAAACCCAUCCCAAAACCCCAUUCUCCCUCUCUUUGAGACUGUGAUGACAGAUAUGGCAAACUGGAUCACAUCCAAAGAAUGGAUGUGAGCGUUUCAGUGACACCCUGCUUUUAUAGCACCGUUCAGCCACAAGGGUGCAUGUGGAAGCUACAGUGUGGGCAGAGAGACAGUUUCGUUUGCGUGAACAACUUCAGAACACUGGUGACAGAGCCAUAAUUUUUCUUUUAAUGACAGAGGAAAUAUAAGCUGAAACUGAAGGUUUUUUUUUUUUUUUUUCUUCCCUGUUCAUCCCUCAGAAGUUCCGUAGGAAUUAACUCGUGGUGCACCCGUCGUGGUUUCGAGAGGAAAUUCGGUUGGAUGGGGCUUCCAACCUUCCAUCCUGAAUCUUGCUAACGCUACUGUGGUCUCUACCAUGUGCUCAGUAUUCUGCUGUUUUCCCCUUCAUCUCGCACCACACAGAUGGACGAGCGGCCCGGUUGGUUUCCCCAGCGCGUGCGAGAAAUCGAGUUCGGCUUUGAAUCAAACGAAUCAAAAAAGGAAAGAAAAAAAAAACCUGGUUUGCUGGUUCGCCUCUGCACCACCGUUGCACUUUUUCUUCUUGUUUUUUUUUUUUUUGCCUACUAACGUUGGACUAUCUGUAAUCUAAGUUAUUGAAGCUUCUGCACAGGUCUGGACUGUUCCCGUUCGAUUUCCCGUCACGUUUUCAGAUAAUCCGAUCAUACGCUUGGUUUGAAUCUUGAUACAGUCAGGCUGUUAAAGUUGCUGCUUUGUAGUGGUGGCUUUCACUUAUACGUCGUCUGGAUGUCAGAAGAAUAAGCUCAAUUUCAGUGAUCUGCACAAGCAUAGCUGUAUUUUAUUCAAUAUUACAUUAUUACAAUAUUACAGUGUCAAUCAGUCAGUCAUCGAUAUAGUGAGGUUUAGGACGAGACCCUAAAACGUUUCCUUUGCUUUUUCUUUGCUUGUGUAACCGAGAUGUGGUUGGUUUUCUUUUGCUAUUUAAUUGAUUUUGCUUCUAAAGUAGAAAACAAGCCCUCAAGCUCAUGUUGAGAUUAUUUUGUUUGUUUGAGAAUUAUUGAUAACAUCAAUGUUGUUCAUCCUGUUAACGGGAUGCAAAGUGUUUACAAUGGCAUUGACAAAAAAAAUGGUGAAACUUGAAUAUAAAGAAAAUGACAGUCAGUCGUUGCAUCAGUUAGACUGUUUUGUUUUGUUUUACAGUCUAACCUGGUACAAUGGUAACUCUUACUUUUCUUUUGUCCGUUUGGAACUGAGACUUGAAAUAAUCCGUGUGUCCCAUGUUGUCAGAAAGCAAUGUUUAUAUCGCACAAUGUCUCUUAAGUAGCCUAUUGCGAAACAUUCAGACCAAUCAAUAAAGUGGAUUAGCGCUCCACCUUUCUGAAAACCA